AUGGCACGCCGCUACGUCGGUCAAACGGUACGGCGGGCAGCGUAUGCGGUUUUGCCGCGUUGGGCUGCUUCUGCAGUGAAAGCGAUCAUUGCUCAAUGCUUCCACAGCCAGGAAGCCUCGGGAACUAAGUUGGCUUACCGUCAUCAACGUCUGCGAGUGGUUGGCUCGGAGUCUCUCAUCCAUGAGACGUUCAGGGGCAGCGUCCCGACUCGGUCUGGAUGGCUCGACGGUGAGUCCUACAGCCAAAACCCUAGGGAUUCGACGGGAACUCCUGCUUUGGGCUCUCAAUCGCUACAUUUAGAACUUGGUAGCAGAAGCUUGUCCAUUUGUACCUCAAAUUCGAAGGAUUUGGUCAAGGUUGCCGAGAUCGUCAAGGUGCAAAGAAGGAUUGAAGCUGCUCUGGCUGCUUCCCAUCAGAGUACCGCGUGGCGCUCCGGCGCGGGUCGCUAUCGCACUGACGCUUACGCGCGUACUGAAGUGAGGCGCGCACGGACCAAACCAAGGCGGGGUUCGCUCUAUGACUGGGAACGAACUGCCUAUGGUGCAGGACUCUACAUUGCGACGGAGAUAUCCGUCAUACGACGUUUAAGGACGAUGUCUGCAUCCUCACAACUAGAAAGACACCGCAGCGAUUGGAAGAACAAUCCGCAAGCACCUCUGGCAAGUGGGCGCAGGCUACGCCUGCGUUCCUGGAGAGUAGAGAAUUAUCAUCAGCGAUGCCCGAGAUGCAUUGGGGUACCUGAAUGGGGAGCAGACCGGUUUACAGGGGUCGUGGACGAUCCUUGCUUAGCCCUGCGAAGAUACCAGCCAGAGGAUUGGUUCGAAUGA